UUUUGAUUAACCUUACCAAACACCAACGUGUUCACGUUUCAUGCAUGCUUUGCAAAAUUACAAGAGCCAUCCUCAAUGCGCUAUAAAUGUUAUAUAUAUACACGUAAGAUAAUUACACUUGAAUGAAAGGCAAACUGACAACAAGCUGUGCUGCUACCCUUUUUGGAUAACAAAACCACAAGUAUUAAUGUCAUUAGAUGGUGUACAACCAAUCUAAUACACGAGUAGCACAUGGAGAUUUUUCAAUUCAAACGUCCCCCACCAGUCACCAUCACCAAUUAUAUAAACACUUCCCAUCAAACUAUACAAACAUAACCUGCACGUCACAUACAUUCACUCAUACCACACUUGCCACCACUAUCAUGGCGCAAAACCAUAAUUUCCUCAUCAUCACAUACCCCUUACAAGGUCACAUAAACCCCGCUAUCCAAUUCGCCAAGCGACUCGUUACUAUGGGUGCACAAGUCACUUUUGCUACCACUAUCUACUUACACCGUCGUCUUGUCAACAAACCAACCAUCCCCGAUCUCUCCUUCGCAACUUUUUCCGAUGGCUUUGAUGACGGUCACGAAAACAAAAGUGACGACAACUUUAUCACCUACAUGUCUGAGCUUCAAUGUCGAAGCUCAGAAUUUCUCACAAGUAUCAUACUCUCUGCCAAACAGGAAGGUCGUCCAUUCACUUGCUUAAUCUACAGUCUCAUCAUUCCUUGGGUCCCAAAAGUGGCGCGUGAGCUUCACCUCCCAUCGGCACUUCUAUGGAUUCAAGCAGCAACGGUAUUUGAUAUCUACUAUUACUAUUUUCUCAACCACGGUGACUACAUCACAAACAUAUCAGACAAUGCCAAGUGCUCGAUAGAUUUACCAGGAUUGUCAUUUUCUCUUAAAAGUUGUGACCUUCCAUCUUUUUUACUGGCUUCAAAUACGUACACUUUUGCUCUUCCAUCUUUCAAAGAGCAACUUCAAAUUUUGGAUGAAGAAACCAACCCAAGAGUACUUGUGAACACUAUUGAGGAGUUUGAAUUAGAUGCACUCAGAGUCGUUGAUGUUGGUAAGAUUAAAAUGAUACCCAUCGGACCAUUGAUUCCAUCAGCUUUCUUGGAUUGUAAGGAUCCUUCAGAUACUUCAUUUGGUGGAGACGUUAUCCGUGUGGAUUCGGAUGAUAAUUACAUUGAAUGGUUGGAUUCGAAGGAUGAGUUAUCUGUAGUUUAUGUUUCAUUUGGUUCUCUAGCAAUUUUGCCUAAGAGACAAAUGGAGGAAAUUGCGCGUGCAUUGUUGGAUUCUGGAUUUCCAUUUUUGUGGGUAAUUAGAGAUAAAAACUUGCAACAACAAAAAGAAGAGGAGGACGAGUUGAGUUGUAGAGAGGAAAUUGAGAAGAAUGGUAAUGGGAAGAUAGUGAAAUGGUGUUCACAAGUGGAGGUUCUGUCACAUAGUUCAUUGGGUUGUUUUGUGACACAUUGUGGAUGGAAUUCAACGUUGGAAAGUUUAAGUUCCGGGGUUCCUAUGGUGGCAUUUCCUCAGUGGACAGACCAAACUACUAAUGCCAAGCUAAUUGAAGAUGUGUGGAAGACUGGGGUGAGGUUAAAUCAUGAUGAUGAAGGAAUAGUGAAAGCUGAGGAAAUUAGGAGAUGUUUGGAACUGGUUAUGGGGAAGGGGGAAAAAGGAGAGGAACUAAGAAGGAAUGCUAACAAAUGGAAGAGUUUGGCUAGGGAAGCUGUGAAGGAAGAUGGGUCCUCAGAUAAAAAUCUGAAGACUUUUCUAAGUGAUAUUUGAUGUAUUAGUGAAACUUAGUUAUCUUUUAUUUCCUAGUUAUAUUUAUCUGUUGUAUUUGUGUGCAUGUUAUUGUCACAAGUUUAUGACUCUUUUUGUGUUCAUUUUUUUUCACCAUUGGUAUCCGGCUCACUGCACCGACUAAAUCUGGUUCGGAGGUAAGUUCUGAUAUCAAGUGGUUACGGUUCCCUCAUGAAAGCAGUUGCGGAGGAUCGAACUGUGAUCCUUACUACCAA